AUGCUUAUACCUGGUCCAAAGGGUCCUGGCGAUGCUAUUGAUGUAUAUUUGCAGCCUUUGAUAGAAGAGCUUAAAGAGUUGUGGGAAGUUGGUGUUGAAACUUAUGAUGCAUCAAAAAAAGAAAAUUUCAAAAUGCGUGCGGCUUUGCUGUUAACUAUCAAUGAUUUUCCUGCUUAUGGAAUGUUAUUUGGAUGGAGUACUAAGGGGAAGAGAGCAUGUCCUUGUUGUCAUAAAGAAACUUCUUAUAUGUGGUUACCUAACUGUUUUAAGCAUGUCUAUAUGCGUCAUCGACGUUUUCUUCCUAUUAAUCACCCAUGGCGAAGGAAGAAAGAUGUGUUUGGAAAGAAAGAAAAAGGAAAGAUACCUAAGCCAUUAUCAGGGGAGGAAGUUCUUGAACAAGUCAGAGAUCUUGAAGGACAAACUAAAGACACAGCUAAUUCUCGUUUUGAUAUGGAGGGAUUAGGUAUAAUGCCAAAGCUACAUCCUAUUUCAAAGGGUGACAAAAUUGAAUUACCCCCCGCACCAUACAGACUAUCUAAGAGUCAAAAAGAGAUACUAUGUCAUUUUCUAAAAGAGUUGAAAGUUCCCGAUAGGUAUUCUUCUAAUAUUUCUCGAUGUGUAAAUGUAAAAGAUUGUAAGAUUUCAGGAUUGAAGAGUCAUGAUUGCCACGUCCUGCUACAAAGCAUACUUCCUCUUGUGAUUCGCGGCCUUUUGGUGAAAGAUGUAUCUGAGCCUUUAGUUGAGCUAUGUCAGUUUUUCGGUGUGCUCUGUGCUAGAUCUGUGCAAGUUGAACAUCUAGAGAAAGUCAAAGCCCAAAUUCCUUUAAUGCUUUCUAAGUUGGAAGCAUGGAUGCCUCCUUCUUGUUUUGUUGUCAUGCUUCAUUUAAGUGUCCACCUAUUGUUGUACUUAGAUGACGUUGAAACAAAAUUUUAUCGUCUUGAGCGUAACUGUGAUGGUGAUGAUGAUACCGCCAUGAAACUAUCUAUAUUUUCUCACCCUGGAAGGCCCUUAGGGGGAGGAAAAACCAACAAUUUGGACGUGUAUGAAAGAGAGCAGGCUCACAUCUAUGCUUUAAAGAAUUGCAGUGAAGUUGACCCAUUCUAUAAUUCUAGGUCUUUUAGUGGUUAUGUCACUAAGGGAUUUAGGUUUCAUACAUUACACCGUGAUAGAAACUUGAGAACACAAAAUAGUGGAGUAGUGGUGCUGGGUGAUACUGGUGAGGAAAAAGAGGCCUUAGACUUUUAUGGGGUAUUGACAGAAGUAAUUAGACUAGAGUAUUUGGGGGGUAAUUACGUUGUAUUUUUCCGGUGUGAUUGGUAUGAUGUGCUUGAUUCUAAGAAAGGAAUUAAUGUGGACAAAUUUGGGUAUGUUAGUGUUGAUACACAACGGAACCUCAAAACAGAUGAACCCUUUGUGCUAGCUAGCCAAGUGUCACAAGUGUUCUAUGCAAUAGAUAUUGUAAAAAAAGGUAACUGGCGUGUUGCAGUUAAGACAAAACCUCGAGUUACAUAUGAGUUGGCAGUGGAGAAAGACAACGAUUCUCAAAGCAUGGAAAUCUUAGAUGAUGCCGAGGAUGCGUAUCAAGAACGUGAAUCUUUUGGCUUUGUUGCAUCUGCAUCGGCAUACACGCAUAACGAGAUGAAUGAUGAAAACAGGGUUGACAUGGAACCUGAGAUUGUUGAGAUCGUUGAUGCUGUGGUAGUGAAGAAACGAAAGAGAAAAACUUAG